AUGGAAUUUGUCAUAGUUGAAACAACCGAUGUCGAAAACAGUCGUUAUUUACUCGUCCUCGAACCGAAAUCUGGUCCACUUGAAAAAGGACUUACUCAACUGUUAUUGAUAUUAAAAUCUAUAUGGGAUAUAAAUAAUGAUAAAAAAAUAGUGUAUGGAUUCUUAACAACAGGAAUCAAUUGGCAAUUAAUAACCUAUGAUGGGGAAUCAUGGAAAUUAUCAGAAUCAUCUAUUGUUUUACUUGAAAAUAUGGAAAAACAAGAAGAUCGAUGGCUAAAAAAUAAUACACAAAUAUUGGAUGUCAUUUAUAGUAUUUUGUCAUCAAUAUAA